UCUUGGUACAACUUUCUCCUCUCUAUUUAUUUGAUUCCCUGUCAUGCUGCCAUUUUAUUUUCUCACUUUCCUUGUCUCACCAUAAUAAUAACCCUGUUUAACUCAAACCUUCAUAACUCUUCCCCUCACCCCACCAAAACACCCUUUACUUUUCUAGCCAUUCAUUCUUCCUCCACGUACGUUUUGACAAAAACCAUUGCUGGAUUCAACACUUGCUCACUCACGUACGUACACAUGGGAAGACACUCUUGUUGCUACAAACAGAAGUUACGGAAAGGCCUUUGGUCUCCAGAGGAAGAUGAGAAGCUUCUGGAUUACAUCACCAAACAUGGUCAUGGAUGUUGGAGUUCAGUCCCCAAACUUGCUGGUCUGCAGAGGUGUGGGAAGAGUUGUAGGUUGAGGUGGAUAAAUUACCUUAGGCCUGAUUUGAAGAGAGGAGCAUUCUCACAGGAGGAGGAGAACAUGAUCAUUGAACUCCAUGCAGUCCUUGGAAACAGGUGGUCUCAGAUUGCAGCACAGUUACCGGGAAGAACUGACAAUGAGAUUAAAAACUUAUGGAACUCGUGCCUGAAGAAGAAGCUGAGGCAAAGAAGCAUUGACCCAAACACCCACAAACCACUCUCUGAGGUUGAGAAGGACAAGGACAUGCCACCCUCAACCGACAAAACCAAUCAGAAAGCCUCAUUGGGAUCCAAUGAAGUGCCAGCAAAACCCUUGCCUUCUUCAGAGAGAUACCCUCUUGAAGUUUCCACCAGUUCAACCCAGGAACUAUUCCUAGAUAGGUUUGGUGCUACCUGCCAUGACAACACUUGCAGACCCUCUGAUGUGGUAGGACCAUAUUUCUCCUUCAACCACUUCAACUAUGGGACAACAACCAUCGGCCUCUCUGCAAACCCCAACGCAUCUCUUUCUUUCAUUCCACCCUCCACCUCUUCAGACCUCAACAAUUCCACCAUAACCUCCUCUAUGCUGCAUUCCAUUUUCCCAACACAUGUCAAGCUCCAAUCUAACGACAACCCUUCCAUAUCCUCUGAUGCGGUUCAAAACUGGGAAUCCAACAACACAAACAAAACCAAUGCCAGUAUGCAGUUUCAAAGCAGCACAAACUUCCUUGAAAACACGUGGGGGGUGGCUGAUUCUGCAAAGGUUAACAUUAACAAAGAUUCUCAAGUGCCCCUUCAGACAGAACAAGAGGAUCUAAAAUGGUCUGAGUAUCUUAACACCCCAUUUAUUCUGGGAAACACACCGGAGAAUCAAAUCCAAACCUCUCAAUCUAUCUACAGUGAGGUCAAACCAGAAACAGGAUUCAUAACAGACGAGUCAUGUACUAGUUGGCACCACCCGCCACCAGCUUUUCAACUUUCCGAUAUAUAUAGCAAGAAUCUGCAGAGAUUUUCAGUGACUUUUGGACAAACCCUUUAACCUGUACGUGAUAUGUGGAAACUUCAACUCAACGAAAGAGACAAAGAUGUUGCCGACUUAAUUUCCAAUGUGAACCAGGUCAGAAUUUUCUCGUGAGUUCUGACCACAGGUGUGUGCUGUAAAAAAAUUUGUGAUUAAUUCCAGCUUCUUAUAUAUUCCCACCAUUUUGUUAAUCAAACGUAGAGGCACCACUGCUGAAAUAAGGCUUGUUCCAAUUCAAUGCUUCUCUCCUAUAAAAUUCUUAAGCCGUUCCUUACAAUGUACAUGUAGCUUGUGAGUUAUUUUUGUGUAUACAAAUUCUUAUUAUUUUGUACCAA